AUGCUCUUUCGCCUCCUUCGACCCCUCUCGACCCCCUCGUUCACCCGUGAAAUGGCUUCCAUCGCCAAGAAGGCGCGCACCACGCCGAUCCUCACGUCGCACAGCGGCACCUUCCACGCCGAUGAUGCGUUCGCCCUCUCCAUGCUCCGCGUCCUGCCCCAGUACGCCCAGGCAGAGGUCCGCCGCUCACGCGACCCGAAGGAGUGGGAGGAGGCCACUGUCUUGUUCGACGUCGGAGGCGAGUACGACGCGGAGAAGGGCAAGUUCGACCACCACCAGCGCGGGUUCAGCGAGGUCUUUGGCCACGGCUUCGUUACGAAGCUCAGCUCGGCUGGCUUGAUCUACAAGCACUUUGGCCAGGAGAUCCUCUCGACUCUGCUCAAUGAGCCCGUCAGCUCGCCCGUUGUCCAGACUCUCUACCUGAAGAUGUACGCCGACUUUGUCGAGGCCUUCGACGGCAUCGACAACGGCAUCUCGCAAUACGUCACCUCCGAGCCUCCCCGGUACCGCUCGCGCACCGACAUCUCCUCGCGCGUGGGAGCCCUCAACCCUCGGUGGAACGAGCCGUCCAACGAGGACGUCCUCCUUGAGCGCUUCCUCAAGGCGAGCGAGAUGUGCGGCAACGAGUUCAAGGAGCGCCUGGACUACCUCGCCAAGGCUUGGUUGCCUGCGCGCGAGAUCGUCCAGCGCGCCGUUGAGGCGCGGAAGCAGGUCCACCCGAGCGGCAAGAUCCUCAUCUUUGACGAGUUCGCGCCCUGGAAGGAACACCUCCAUAACCUCGAGGAGGACCUCAAAAUCCCCACCGACGAGCUCCCCCUCUACGCCCUCUACCCCGAGAACGAGAAGCCCGACUCGAAGUGGCGUGUCCAGGCUGUCGCCGUCUCGCCCGAGUCGUUUGAGAGCAGGAAGGCCCUUCCCGAGGCAUGGCGCGGAGUCCGCGACGAUGCGCUCUCGCAACUGACCGGCAUCGACGGCUGUGUCUUCGUCCACGCCGCAGGCUUCAUCGGCGGCAACAACACCAAGGACGGCGCACUGGCGAUGGCCGUCAAGGCUCUCGAGUUGUAG